CGGCGCGGAAGUUUGUGUUGUUUGAGAUGUGAGGUGUGUUUUAUGAAAUGUAUGGAGGGUCAGCAUGGAAGAUGUAGUAGAACAACUGUUUGAAGAAGUGAAACGAGGUUACCAGAUUCAUCAACAUUUGACAGAUGACAUACUGUCAGCGCUGAAUUUUGUAUUCCAAGCACCAUUGUUGCCAUCGUUGGACCUCAUUGACCAUGGCAAGAUCACACACCUUGUCAGCCCCAGCGGGCGGUCAGUGUACCAGGUGACUGGCACCACAGGUGUUCCUUACUGCUGUCUGGCAUCCAGCGACUACUGCAGUUGUCCAGCUUACACUUUCUCAGUUUUAAAAAGAGGAGAUACUAUAAUGUGCAAGCAUGUGCUAGCCAUCCAUCUCAGUGAAGCCAUGGGUCUGUGCAAGAAACAGGAGGUUUCAAAUAAAGAGCUGGCUCUACUUCUCCGACAAAUGGACUAAGAGUUUGAGCAGAUCUAAUAUCUCUGCAGGCUUUUGACAUCUUAUGACUUCAGGGUCUGCUAGCGGACAAGUAUUUGAUGUACUUAUUCAUUUUGGUUUUUCAACUAUAGAUAGGUCCAGUUUUGUCCAUCAUGACAUGAAGAUGUGUUGGUUUUAAUAUUUCAUAAUGUGAAGGACCUAGUUAAACUGAAAAUCACUUGCAUGGUUUUCAUCACUUCUUGAAACCAAGUAUGAUCAAGUAGAUUCUCGUUGAGUAACAAGUAAGGUUUUGAAAAAUGAAAUUUGUGCUAAGCAAGUUGUUCGACACACUAAGACCGCAUUCUCAACGAAUUGAGCCAGGCUUUACAAAUCCUGAGAACUAAAAA